GUCUGUACCUGAAGCUGUUCGAAAAGGCUGAGAAAUGAAGAACACGAGCGAGUAAAUAGAGCCGGGUAUCAGAAGGGGAGGAUUUGCAGUCAGGAAACUCAAACCAAACAUCAGAUAAGACCGGACAGAUGCAUUCUAUUCAUUUGGAUCAGAAUAUCAUUGGAUUUUGAACAUGGAAGUAAAAGGCACCGUUCACAGUGUGGAGAAACCGUACACGUGUUCUGUGUGUGGACGAGGCUUCUGUCAAUCAUCUGGCCUGUCUAAACAUAAGCGCAGUCACACUGGAGAGAAGCUGUGGAAAUGUGGGGACUGUGGGAAGGGAUUCAAUUACCCGUCUGACCUGGAAACUCAUCGGCGCAGUCACACAGGGGAGAGGCCGUUCACCUGCUUGCAGUGUGGGAAGGGAUUCACUCAGUCAUCUGACCUGCUGAAACAUCAGCGAGUUCACACUGGAGAGAGACCAUUUACCUGCUCCGAGUGUGGGAACAGAUUCACUGAGUCAUCCACCCUGUUGAAACACCAGCGAGUUCACACUGGGGAGAGACCAUUCACCUGCUUGGAGUGUGGGAAGGAAUUCACUACAUCUUCCCAUCUGUUGAGACACCAGCGAGUUCACACUGGGGAGAGACCGUUUGCCUGCUGCGAGUGUGAGAAGCGAUUCACUCGGUCAUCUGCCCUGCUGAGACACCAGCGAGUUCACAAACAACUACAGUGAAUGGAUUUUGCUGUUAAUCACAUCCAGGACUGAACCAUGUUCAUUGGGGUCUGUUUCUACUGAUGUUAAUAAAUUCCAGUCCAGUUAUAAGUGUUAAUAUUCUGGCCAAAAAUCAAAUACCUAGCUUUGU